CCUUCCAAAUUGUAGUACAACUUUAGUGUGGCAGAGAGCGAACAAUUUCAGGGGAAAAAAGGCAGACUUGCAAGCGAUCAAUCCUACCCGAAGCCAAGCCGAACUACUUGAUCAAUUAUCAACGUUUUUUUUUAUCAACUCGAAUGAUGAAGGCUAUCAGUCCCGUUCGUUCAGUGAGGAGCUGCUACACGGCUGUCUGUUGUAUUUCGGAGCAGAGUCUGGCCAUCACCCGGAAUAAGCCGUCUUCUAUGGAGGAGACAGUGAGCGCGCUGUGCGACAUGAACGACUGCUACUCCAAACUGAAGGAGCUGGUACCGAGUAUCCCCCAGAAUAAGUCUGUGAGCCAAAUGGAGAUCCUGCAACACGUUAUCGAUUACAUCUUCGACUUGCAGAUCGCGUUGGAGUCGGAGGUUACAGUCGCACCAGAUAUGGUGUUGUCAAUAAAGAAUGCAGAUAUCGCCCGCAAUUUCUCAAAAGAAGAUGGGAGGUUAUGUCAUUAACAGACAUGGUGCAGGGAAGCACAUGUCUCCACUUCACUGGGCAAGAGGGGCAGAAAGAGAGUGUGUGUGUGUGUGUGUGUGUGUGUGUGUGUGUGUGUGUGUGUGUGUGUGUGUGUGUGUGUGUGUGUGUGUGUGUGUGUGUGUGUGUGUGUGUGUGUGUGUGUGUGUGUGUCUGAUUAUUUGGCUAAUGGGCCAAGGGCUGGCCAACACAACAAUAUGAUGAAUUUUAUGAAAAAGUAUUUGUAUCUCAGCCAAGUUUCCACUUCCCGCCUUGGAUAUCCUAAUCACUAGAAGUUGUGUGGUUAAUAUUGUUACGUUGUUGAUUAUUAAAUUACGAUUUCGAUUUUACAUUCCUCUCCCAAAAAGGAUUUUUUUUUAUUUGCUAAACUGUAUAAAAAAGGCCAGAAGCCUUUUUAUUUUUUUUAAUCUUUGUGAUAAACGCUCGCUCAAUUUCGUCACAUUCCCGCCUCGACUGUUGGAAUACUGAUUUGGGAGCUAUCAAAAAGAUGAGUCUGUACAACUCUACUGUAUAUAUGUAAGACAUGCCAGUGGGGUUUGAUUAGAUGUUGGUAUUUUUUUAUCUGGAUGGGUUAGUUGCCUUUGAUCUUAUAAAAACUCUAUACUAGAGUCAAUUGUCAAUGUUCAUAGGGAUUAAGUGAUUCCUAUGGAUAAAGUGCUGUGAGUUUUAUAAACUCAUUUGUUAUUAAAUGACUUUUGUAUGUAUGUUAUGUAUUGAAAUAAACAAUGUUCUCAAAAGUU